AUGACUCAUCCCAUUCUAGCCUCAAGCACACUCAAUGGUUGUACAGCAGCUGCAUCGGCCAGCCAAUUGCCAUUUGGACUGACUUCAACUCUAUGCUACAACUCAUCUUUUCAAAUUACCUCAUGCCUUUUUACCCCAUCCAUGAAUCUGCUCAGCUAUGCGCUCGAUUGCUUUUCGUCUAUCUAUCACAAUCUCUGCCCAACGCCCUUGCUACACGCGACACUUCCUGUCCUCAUGGCACAUAAAAUCUGUCUCGGAGUGUAUUGGGCAAAGUCAGUUAUUCAACUUUGCGAAACUGCGCCUGAUUCGACAGGCGAACGCAAUUAUUUGUAUGCAGAUGAUUCAACUGCCUGGCCAAGAUUGUCAGCGUAUGCGAUCAGUCGACAUCCUUUGCCCAACCAACACUUCUGUCUCUCUUUAAGCGAAAUAGAGGCAAGAGGUGGUGAGUAA